GAGGAGGAGAGAUCAGGUCUUUUUUUUGGGGUGGCCCAAAAAAAAAGUGAAGGAAAGUGGCGCGGGAAGUAGAGGAGAUGGAGUUACAAACUCUGCAGGAGGCUCUCAAAGUGGAAAUCCAGUUUCAUCAGAAACUUGUGGCCCAGAUGAAACAGGAUCCACAGAAUGCAGACUUGAAGAAACAGUUACACGAGUUACAAGCCAAGAUAACUGCUCUCAGUGAGAAACAAAAAAAAGUGGUGGAACAGCUAAGGAAAAAUUUGAUGGUGAAACAGGAACAUCAUGAAGGCAAACUGCCCACCCAGCAGCACCAGCCACAACCACAGCAGCCACAGCAGACUGUACCACACCUUCUAAGCAGUCCACAGAAAACAACAAAUCAAGCAUCUGUCGUUACUACAAAGCAGCUUCCAUUUACUCUGCUAAAAACAACUCACCCUAUGCCUGCCUCGGUCGUUUCACCGAGAUCCACAAUCGCCAUGGUAACGGCACUAAGCAACCCUCAGAAAUCAGGAGUAAAUGCAGACUCCCAGAACACACCCAUCAACCUUCAAAUUUCCAACAAACUAAACACUCUGGGGGCUGACGCUGUGCGAAUUAUGCCAAAAUCCACUCCACCGCUGGUACAGAUGGCAAACACCCCUCCAAUCAAGGUUCCUCAGUUUAUUCCUCCUCCCAGACUGACGCAACGGCCGACCCUGUUACCACAGGUUCGUCCAAAGCCAGUGGUGUCAAACAGCAUUCCGAUCGCACCUGCACCUGCUCCUGUGUUCACAACGUCCCAUCUGAUCCAGCGACCGGUCAUGUUGACGAAGAUCACACCUGCCUCUCUGCCAUCAUCUGCAAACUCCAUUCAUCAGGCUAGGAUAGUGAAUGGCCAACCAGCUACGAUCACCAAAACAUUACCCACUGCGCAGCUGACUAGUAUUGUUAUAGCCACUCCUGGGCCUAAAGUGGUGGGUCCCCAACAACUAAAGCUGAGUAAAGCAAAUUUGGAUAGCAAGACCAUCAAACUUCAGGUGGAGUGGGAAGAAAGACAAAAUGAUAGCAGUCCCACUUCCCCAGUUCCACCCAAACCUAGGAGAGAGGAGAACCCAGAGAAAGUUGCAUUCAUGGUUUCCCUGGGACUGGUAACACACGAUCACCUCGAAGAAAUCCAAAGCAAGAGGCAAGAAAGAAAACGCCGGACAACAGCGAAUCCUGUGUACAGUGGAGCAAUCUAUGAACCAGAGCGUAAAAAAUCAGCAGUAACUUACUUGAACAGUCCUGUGCAACCUGGGACGCGGAGAAGAGGUCGCCCUCCUAAGUACACUAGUGUGCUGGGUGUGGCCGCAGUGGCUCCAUCCUCCCCCCCGAACCACCCCAGCUCCCCAGAUAUCGAAAGAACGGAGAGGUUGCUCAUUUUUGGUGCUCCAGCACAGAUUGCUUCGAGUCCCAGCUGUGUAGAUGGUUUGCCCUUUUUAGCCGCAAGGGCUACUUUACAAAGGAGCCCUGUCAGCAAGAUACAGGAUGAGACAAACAGCACUGAAAACAUCACAAAAAUCACAACCUUAUCUGGUGACAUCCAUGAGGAUUUCUGCUCUGUGUGUCGGCGUAGUGGACAGCUGCUGAUGUGUGACACUUGUUCUCGUGUGUAUCACCUGGAGUGCCUGGACCCGCCAUUAAAAGCCAUUCCCAAAGGAAUGUGGAUUUGCCCCAAGUGUCAGGAGCAGAUUCUCAAAAAGGAAGAGGCGAUUCCAUGGCCUGGGACAUUGGCAAUCGUCCAUUCAUACAUUGCUUACAAAGCUGCUAAAGAAGAGGAAAAGCAGAAACUGUUAAAGUGGAGCGCAGAGUUAAAGCAAGAGCGGGAGCAGCUGGAACAGAAAGUCAAACACCUCAGCAAUUCCAUAACGAAAUGUAUGGAGACCAAGAACAGCUUACUUGCUCGGCAAAAGGAUAUGCAGAUCUCUCUGGAAAAGGUGAAACGGCUGAUCCAUUUGAUCCAGGGCAUUCAGCUGACAGAAACCACCACUCUAACCGACCAGGACAACCACCCCACAGACUGCGUGAACUCUCCCACCACUGCACCGUCACCAGUGAACUGUGACAGUAACUCAGAGACCAAGUAGCUGAAAGGAAAGGGCUGGAUUCCAUAGAACCUGUAAACCUUUCUGGAACAAAAUUGUGAAAGGCGGUUCCUGAUUUGCCAAUUUGUGGGGGAUUCUGUGCUGGAUUGUGUUAUUGAUCCAUAUUGGGAGUGCCAGCUGGGAUGACCAGCGUCAAGCCAAGUGAAAUACCAGUGUGUGCCUGCUGCCACCAAUUCGGUUUUAACUUUGUCUACUCUUCAGGGAAAUAGGUAGAAAACCAUGGCAGAGAUGUAGAGAGCUACCCUGGUCUUGGAUUGCAGUCCUUGCAAGUCCUGAAGUCCAAGGAUUCUAUGAGCAGAACAACAGACGUUUUAGUAUAACGCAAUACAGAGGGGAAACCAAAACUGUAUAUGGAAGAAACAAGGAUCAGAGGCAUGGGAGCAGAACGGUGGCAAUCACUGACUAUGACUAAAGCAGCAAAGGCCGAGCCAGAAGUGCAGACAAGAGACAAAGUAUGUUGUGUGACGGGCAAGACACAAAGUAUGAAUCUCCUCUUAUUUUAUUAUUUUUUUAAACUACAGAAAAACACAAGUGUAGAUUUACUGUUGGGAUUGGAGGGCGAUGGGCACCAGAACCGUGCAUGGCUUACGAUAGUGUUUUUUUUAUAAUAUUAAAAAAAGUCACGUGCUUGUUGUUCAUUGUGCGAGUACGUUUCGGUGUGUUGAGCACUGGAACAACACGAGGAGGACGGAUGGAAUUUGUCCUGGAUUUUUUGGGGUUUUUUUUACAGUAGGGAAAUAUUCAGGUCUUCCUAGUAAAAUUAGAUCAAGUCAGCUGUUAAAGAGUGCUUUCGUUUCCUAACAAGGUGAUUUAUAGACAAAAAGUGUUAGAAAUUGAGCAGAUUCUGUGUAAAUAUCGAACACCAAGUCCUGUGUAUAUAUAAAAAAAAUCAAAUCUGUUAUCGUCUGAACUGCCAAAUGCUUCUAUAUCGAACCUGCAGGGAAUGAUCUUCAGUUUACUGGGGAAUAUACUGGAACCGUUUUACAGUUCUUAUUAUUUCCAUCUUUAAGAAACGUGGAUUGAAGGUCCAAAGGUAACAAUGUCAGUUAAAGGGGUCAUUGGUCAUCAGUUGUGUAGAGAAUGCAGAAAGUCUGUAGUGUGUUGUGAAAUUACAGCCAGAAUGGAAAUGUUUAUUAUCUUUGCAUUAAUAUUUAAUGUCGGUUGUACUUAUUUCACAUAUCAGGGUGUGCUUGCCUUUAAAUUGGGCACUAGGUAAGAAUUCCAGCCAUUUAUACUUAAAUUUGUAAUUUAUAGCCAAACAAUAGGGGGGAGGGAGGGGGGAGAAAUAUAAAGGAAGUAUUUCUUCCCAGUCACUUAUGUAGGGGGUGGGCUUUUCCUGCCCCCGACCUGACCAAGGUACGUGUACAGAAGAGCUUGGGGGGGGGGGGGAAUUGCCAGAUUUGGGGGGAAGCUGCAUAGAAAGGGCCACAAUAAUUUUCUGUUGUUAUUUAGUGUUGGUCUUUUAUGAUGUUUUUAAAUACCGACUCUGAAACAUUACUCAUUAAAAGAUAUUUUUAAUAGAAUUGUUACUCGUUACUGGUGAACAGAAACCACCUGACUAACCAGAGGAAAAUCUGUCACAAUAAGACCAAAAAAAGUUUCUCAGAAUAAGUUUGCAACCAAAAAAUGAUUGCUGUUGACGACUGGAAUAAGUAACUUAAAUAAAUGAAAAUGGUUGCAGAAGUA